AUGGAUCGGCCGUACCAGGGCGGCAGCGCGGCGGCGUCGUGCGUGGAGGAAGGCGGCCGGAAAGGCGAGGCCUUUGACGAUGCGGCCGCGGAGGAACUCGCGGCGAAGCUUCGUCUGAAGUUCCGGACGGGCGAGACGCGGAACCUGGCGUGGCGCGAGCAGCAGCUGCGCAACCUGUUGCGCAUGGCGGAGGAGCACGAGGAGGAUAUCAUGGCGGCGCUCAAGGAUGAUCUGGGGCGCGGGCGAAUGGAGGCGCUCAUCGAGGUGCUGAGCGUGUGGAAGGUGGCGAGCCACAUGCUGAAGCACUUCAAGAAAUGGGUGCAGCCACAAAAGGUGGGCACGCCAGUGUCGAUGAGGCCAGGCCACUCAGAGGUGCUGUACGAGCCACUGGGAGUGGUGCUCAUCAUCUCGCCCUGGAACUUCCCCUUCCUGCUGAGUCUGGAGCCGCUAAUAGGAGCCCUGGCAGCAGGCAACGUGGUGGUGCUGAAGCCUUCAGAGCACUCCCCCGCCGCCUCGCACCUGCUCUCGCGCCUCCUCCCCCUCUACCUCGACUCACAGGCCGUGCAGCAGGUGGUGGAAGGCGGGCCAGAGACAGGCAAGGCACUGCUGGGGCGGCGGUGGGAUAAGAUCUUCUUUACGGGCGGCACGGCGCUGGGGCGCAUUGUGAUGGAGGCGGCCAGUAAGCAUCUGACACCUGUCACUCUGGAGCUGGGCGGCAAGAAUCCACUGUUCAUCGACGAGUCUGCUGACCUGGAGAUCUCAGCGAAGCGGAUCGUAUCGGGCAAGUGCACGAACGCGGGGCAGGUGUGCCUCGUGCCCGACUAUAUCCUCACCACCAAGGACGUGGCUGCGAGACUGCUGCCCCAUCUCAAGGCGGCAAUCGAGCAGUUCUACGGCACCAACCCCGCUCUCUGCCCGGACCUCGCCCGCGUCAUCAACACCUCUCAUGUGCUCCGCCUGCAGAAGCUGCUCGAGAACCCUGCCACCGCCUCCUGUGUCGUGCAUGGGGGGCAGAGCGACGUUGAGUACUUUGCACCAACGCUGCUGCUGAACGUGCCCUGGGAUGCCCCCAUCAUGCAGUCCGAGGUCUUUGGACCCAUCCUGGCCAUCCAAACUGUGUCGGGAAUCGACGAGGCGAUUGACAUCAUCAACGCGCGUCCCAAGCCGCUGGUGGUGAUGGUGUUCUCGUCCCGGGAGGACACGCGGCAGCGCUUCCUCAAGGAGACCAGCUCGGGGGCUGUCGUGGCCAACGAGCUCAUCCUGCAGGCAGGCAACCUGGAGCUACCGUUCGGUGGUGUGGGAGACAGUGGCAUGGGGCGGUACAAGGGGCACCACUCCAUCGACUGCUUCAGCCACUGCAAGGCCGCCUACACCAGACCCCUCUCCAAGGACCUGGCGGCGCGCUUCCCCCCCAGCACGCGACGAGGGGAGAUGAUUGUGAAGGCGGUGAUCAAAGGGGCGUACUGGACGCUGCUGCUGCUGCUGCUGGGGCUCAAGAAGCAUUAG